AUGAUGAAUGAUUUUAGCAGACGUGUUAACAGUAUUGUUGUGAAAAAUUUACCAACAGAUUUUACUCCAAAUCAAUUAGAAGAACUUUUUUCACCAUUUGGACAAAUACUUUCAAGUAAAGUUUUACCAUAUAAUUCAAAUUUUGAAGGAGGCUGUGGUUUUGUUAAUUAUGCUAAUGCAGAAAGUUGUAAUGAAGCUGUUGAUCAUAUGAAUAAUUAUGUUAUUCAAGGAUUUACUUUACGUGUUAGUCAAUCAAUGUCACGGUCCGGUAAUAAUAAUUUUAAUCGAUCACAAAAUGGAUUUCGUACAACAUCAACAACAAAUAUCAAUCCAGAUGAGAACACUAAUACAUCAUCACCUAGUACUCAAUCUCGAUUUAGUAGUGUUCGACCAGUUAUUGAACGACCAUCGAGUACAACUCAAUCGAAAUCAAUAUCAAUAAAUAGUGCACAUUCGAGUACUCAUGAACUAGAUACAGUCUCAAAUGUGAAUAAACCAUUAUGGAAUGGUAAUAUUGAACAACAACAACAACAACAAAGAACAUUAAAUGGUAAAAGUCCAUUUCAAAACGAUAUAUCAAUUGUUAAUCAACAAAUGAAUAUUGAAGAACAUGAAGAAUUUAUAAUAAAUAAAACUUAUAAUAUCUAUUUAUCAAAUCUUGAAGUACCUAAUAUAAUAUUUGCAGCAACAUUAGAUGAUUAUGUUAAUGCUACAUUACUUAUUACACAAAUGAAUAAACAUGAACAACUUACAAAAGUACAAGCAAAUUCUUACAAAGCAAAAUUAACUAUUGGACAAAUUUGUGCUGCACUUUUUAAUGGUGAUUGGUAUCGAGCUCGUAUUUUAGAAGUUGGUGAAAAUCGUGUACGUGUUCAAUAUAUUGAUUGGGGAAAUACUGGAUGGUGUGAUUCAAUUCUUGAGAUUCGGCCAUUACCAAAUGAAUAUUACAAAGAUCCAGUUUUAUGUGUUAAAUGUAUUUUAGAUGGUGUUUCAUCUAAUGAAAAACUUUCAGAUGAACAAACAAAUGCUAUACUUGGUAUACUUGUUCUUGAUCUUAAACUUGAAAUGACUGUAUUACGUAUUGAAAAUAAUAUUCCAUAUGUACGAUUAAAUUUAGGUGAAAGAAAUUUAAAUAAUGAAAUACGUACUAUUCUUCUAUCAUCAAAUACAAAAAAACAAAAUCAAAUAAUGGAUUUUAAUUCUAAUAAACCUGAUAUAAAUCUAUCAGAAAUUCAUUAUGUUCAAUUAACAACUGUUGAUAUAGAACCUGAAUGUUUUCAUGUUUUACUUAUGCGUGAUUGUCUUCCAAUAAUAAUGAAUGUAUUAAAAGAUUGGCAUGCUAAUAAACAACCAUUAACUACAGAACCAAAACCAAAUAUGCUUGUCUGUGCACAAUAUGAUGCUGAUGAUCUUUGGUAUCGAGGAUGGAUUCAAAAUGUUACUGAAGAUGGUUAUCGUGUAUAUUUUGUUGAUUUUGGUAAUGAAGAAAUUGUUUCAAUUGAUCGUCUUAGUGAAUGUCCAGAUAAUUUAAAAAAUAUUCCAUGGCAAAGUAUACAAAUUAAAUUAGCUAAUAUUAAAUUAACAGAUGAUGAACGUUAUAUACUUUUACGAGAUUUUGAAACUGAUCGUCUUGAAAUGAAAAUUAUUCAAAAACAUCAAGAUAUUUAUUAUGUUGAUUUAAUUACUAAUGAAAAAUCACUUGUAGAACAUAUAUUAGAAUUACGAAAGAAACAACAAUUACAAAUUAAUGAGGUGCCGAAAAUACCUAUGGAACCCGUUCAACAAAUUUUUACAAAUGUAUCAACAUCAAUACCAGUAACAACAAUGGAAAAUGUUUCACGAACAUCAAAUGAAUAUUCUCAACCAAUCCCAUUGCCUGUUCAACCGAUUGUUGAUAUACCAGGACAGCCUGCAAUAUUAAACAAUAGUAAAAUGUUGCCAUCAUCAACAAUAACAAAUUCUACUACUACAGUUGAUGCUGCUAAAAUGCCACUGUCUAGUACUUUAAAUACGAUGACGAAACAAGAACCUAUUACUCAACAAAAGAAUGAUAUUUCUAUCAAUGAUAAUUUAAUAACAUUAAUUAAUGAACAACGUCGACAAAAUCGUUUACUCGAGCAAAUUAUUGCAGCUAUUAAUACAACCAAUGCACUUCUUACACAACUUGUUCAACGUUAA